CAGAGAGGUGACAGAAACGCCGAGAAAAGGAACUGCCACUGACUCUUUCUCUGGAUAAUAGAGUCUUUUGCAGUUUAGCACAAUAUGGCUACUUUGAAAUGAUAGUAUUAGACGGAUUAAUCUAAAUUUGAGCAGUAACGGAGUGAGAGUGUACUGUGUAUACAAUCGUACACAGUCGUCUCUGACAACUACUUUCUACUUUAUUAAUGUUAAGGCUACGUAGUGUCAGGACAAACUCUUUUUAUUUUAACCCUGAAAUCGUAGUCUUAUCAAUAUAAAUCGCAAAGUUUAGCAAUGGGUUCUAAGUUGACCAGACAGAGUAGUCUGGACAGCGAAGCAGCGUUUUUCAGCAGAGGUCGGCAUCGCCAGGACUGUUCCACAGGCAGCGAGAAGAGUGAGACUGGAGGUGCCGGAGAACUUUGGUUCACAUCUUUGAUGCUAAAAUCUGAGAAGCUCCCAGUAAUUUUACGCAAAUCGAAUCCCAGCCCGUUUGAGCGGAGAGUAACCUGGGCCCGGGAGAUCCAGAAACUGCUGAAAGAGGAGAGAGUGGACGAGGCGGCAGACGUGCUGAAACUACUCAGGAAGGACAUGGGUCUUGAAGGAACCUCUCUUAAUGAUAUCCUGUAUAAGAACGCUGCCUUCCUCAACCUGGUGGAUCCAAUUUCCCACGAGUUACUGCUUAGUCUGGCGAGAGACAUGCAGUGCCCAAAGAGGGAGACAGACGCCCUCAGAUCCUCUGAUAAGAUCUGCCGACAGCUGGUCUACCACCUGACGCCUCACUCCAAGUGGGCACGGCACAAGGUGCCCAGGAGUAAGUCCCACGCCUGCAGAACUGCCUGUGACUGUAGGAGUGGCUGGACCUCCAGUCUGAAAUCCUUCCUGAAGAUGACGUGCGAUACGCUGGACCUGUCGGGGAUACGGCUGAGUUCACGGGACGUCCAGCGCGUGUCCCACUACCUCCAGAGACACAGCACCUCCAUCACGGCCGUGGACCUGAGCUUCACGGCACUGCGGGAUGACAGCCUGCGUCAGCUCCUGCCCCCGCUCUGCAUCAUGCCCAGGCUUGCCACCCUCGCUGUCAAUGGCAACCGCCUCACCGUCGCCGUGGUGAAGGACCUGACGGAGGCGGUGAAGGACGGGAGGAAGUUCCCCAGCCUGGCAUGGGUGGACCUGGGCAACAAUGUGGACAUCUUCACCAUGCCACAGCCACUUCUGCUGGGCCUGCGCAGACGCUCCGGCCUCAGGGGCAGUCUGCCCACCAUAUACGAGUCAGAGUGCACCUGUCUGGAGGUGUCCACAGAGGAGCCCAGCGUGGUGGAGGAAGAGGAGGAGGAGGAGAGCUGGACCAUGGAGAAGAACAGCAGUAUCUCACUGCACGUGUGUCAGAGAUGAUGAGACUCCUGAAGGAGAAUAAGACUCUGAGAGAGAGGAUAAGACUCUGAGAGAGAGGAGGAGGUUCUGAGAGAGGAGGAGACUGAGAGACAGGAGGAGGUUCUAGGUUCUACAUGGUGCUCAUGGUACUCAGUGUUCUCUCUGUGGGGCGUUCCACUGGUCUCCCAUUGAGGAGUUCCACUGGUCUCCCAUUGAGGCGUUCCACUGGUCUCCCAUUGGGGUGUUCCGCUGUUCUCCCUGGUUCUAUUCUUUCCUCCCAAUGUCUUGCUCCUUGUGUCACUGCAGUGGUGUAGGUGCCUGACCCUGACCCUAACCCUGACGCUAACGCUAACCCUAACCCUAACCCUGACCCUGACCCUGACCCUGACCCUAGUGUAAGUGGUGUCAGCCCACACAGGGUCUGCAGGCUCCUUAGCCCAAAUGGCCACAAGGGGGCGGGGUUGGGUGCGGAGGUGGAGAAGAAGGAAAAAGUCACACCUAAGAACUUCAGACUCAAAUAUUGAUUAACAAUGAAGAAAACUGUGUUAGUGAGUGAGUGUCUGAGAGUGUGUGUCUGUGAGUGAGAGUGUGUGUGUGUGUGUGUGUGUGUGUCUGAGAG